UGUCGCUAUCCGGUCGUACAGUACAAGUUGUCCUUGAGCUUGGUUGGAGGAGCGCUAGCGAAGUCUCCAUGUAACGUCGCUGUCGCUGUCGCUGUCGCCGCCCGUCAGUUACUCUCCCAACCGCCAAUCUCUUCCCCGCCCGCCCGCCGCCGUCUGAGACCGCACACCAUCCCUGACCAUUCAUCCCCCCUUACCCACACCGUCUUCCACAAUCCCAGUCUUCCUGCACGCGUGGAACCCCCAGCCUGCCCGCGACAGCGAGCUAGAGUCACUUGCUCCUAGUCAUCAAGCAGCGCAAGCGGCGACUCAAAUCGUCAGCAAGCCAUGGCCUCGUCGGCGUCUUUCCCACCUCCGCCAGUUUCUAGCAUUGAUUGGAACAACAUUGGCUUCAAGGUCUGGGAAGUCAAUGGUCACGUCGAAUCUCGCUUCUCCCACUCCUCCAGCCCACAAUGGUCUCCUCCGCAGUUCGUCGCAUCUCCCUACCUUCCCAUUCAUGGAAUGGCCCCCGGCCUCAACUAUGGCCAGCAGGCGUAUGAAGGGAUGAAGGCUUUCCGCCAUGCGCCUACCGAAUCGCAUCCAAAUGGCCGCAUCACCAUCUUCCGCCCGCACAGGAACGCUGAGCGCAUGCAGCACUCUGCCCGGUUCAUAUCCAUCCCUCCGGUGCCGGAAUCCCACUUCCUGGAAUGCGUGAAGCUGGCGGUCUCUGCGAAUGCCGGCUUCGUUCCCCCACAUUCUACCGGCGCCGCAAUGUACAUCCGACCCCUCAUCUUCGGGUCCUCCGCGCAGCUUGGCCUCUCCCCGCCCGACGAAUACACAUUUGUCGUCUUCGUCAUGCCCACGGGCGUCUACCACGGCGUGCACGCGGUCAACGCCCUCAUCCUCGAAGACUUUGACCGCUCGGCCCCCGACGGCACUGGCUCAGCCAAAGUGGGUGGGAACUACGCUCCCGUCCUGCGCCAUAGCGAGAAAGCACGCGCCGAUGGCUACGGCAUCACCCUGCACCUAGACAGCAAGACUCGCUCCGAGAUCGACGAGUUCUCCACCUCUGCCUUCAUCGGCGUUCUCAAGGACGCGUCUGGACACGUCACCCUCGUCAUCCCCGACAGCAAGAACGCCAUUGACUCUGUCACUGCUUCUUCCAUCAUGGCCAUUGGAAGCAACAUGUUCGGCUACAAGGUGGAAAAGCGCCGCGUCCCCUACGAUGAGCUAAAGGAGUUUUCCGAGGUCAUGGCCGCGGGAACAGCCGCAGCGUUGGUUCCCAUCAAGAGCAUCACCAUGAAGUCUCGAAACGACGUCUUCAACUACGAAGCCGGCGAAGGUGACUCGGGCGGCGAGGUCUACAAGAAACUCAUCCAUGCCUUGAAGGGUAUCCAGCGAGGAGAGAUUCACGACAAGAUGGGUUGGCUGGUUGAUAUUGAGCCAGUGCCUGCCGGCUGGGUGGAAGCCUCCAGGGGUAAAGAAGCUGACGUGAGCAUCGCCAACCUACCGUAAUUCUUGAUUGCACCGCAUACUCUUCUUCUCCAACUCCUGAGUGAAGGAAGUUUAUUGCUUCGAGGAUUAUCUGGUGCUGUUCUCUAAGAGCAUUCCGUAUUCAUCGAUGCAACAAAAGGGAUUAUUCAACAUUAGCGGAACGGCGUGAAAAUUAAAUGGGCAAAAAGGGUCUUUAUCUCCUGUGAUAUAUAUGCUCGGGCCGGUUAAAAGAUCUCAUCCUUCGGAAUUUCGUUAAUUAGAUUUCUUUCGGGCCAAUAGUUAUAAAUCCUGCAAGACAA